AGUCCCCCGGCUCCACCGGUAAAAAGGUGCUGACGCAAUACCAGAAGGCGCUGAAGCGCGCGGAGCGAGAGCGUCAGCGAAUUAUGCGCGAACACCAAAUGGAGUUGGAGCGGAAAAAGAAGCAAGAGGAAAAAGAGCUUAAAUCUCGGGAGAAGCAGGCCAAGAAAGAGGAAGAGGAACGUAUCAAAGAGGAGAAACGCCAAAGACGACUGGAAGAGCAGCGAAAACGAGAUGAGGAGAAAGAGGCAGAAAGAAAACGGAAGGAGGAAGAAAAGCGUAAAAAAGAUGAAGAGCGACUCCAGAAAGAGCAGGAGCGAAAAAGAGAGGAGGAUUUUAAGAUAAAACAAGAGGAGAAACAGCGAGCAGUGUUGUUGGGCUUCUUGGUUAAAGGGGGACAGAAAAAGGAGGUGACCUCAUCCUUACCACUUCCCUCCGGACCCUUCAUGCAAUUUGAAUUGCGGAAAGAUAUGCGUAUGGCUCCCCUACACCGUGUCGCUCCCGAUGAUCUAGCGUUGAAACGAUCCAAUUUGGAUAGUCUGUUUCAACAUUUUACCUCUGCUGAAUCGGACGCCCAUUCAGCUUCCUCACUUGGGCUAGUGAAAUUUGGACGUACGAAUUAUUUGCAUGAAUUACAAACUGGUCAGCACACACCCCUCUCAUGUCAAUCUACUUGGCCCACCGAGCCCCCAAACGCACAGCUUCUCAGCGAUGGUCUCUGCUCCGUAGUCAACUGGCCUACCCUCAAGUAUCACGGCAGUCGAGGUUCCGGAGGCACUGUUUGGCUGCGUGCUAAGCUGUUCCAAUUCGUAGAAAACUAUCGGCCCGCCUAUUACGGCACUUGGCGCCGCCGAAGUCGUGUUGUAACCGGACGAAGACCUUUCGCACGGGACCAUGCCAAAUUGGACUACACAAUUGACUCGGAUGAUGAGUGGGAGGAAGAGGAACCUGGCGAAAGUAUCACCCAAUCCGAAAAUGAAGAAGAAGAAGAGAAGGAGGAGGAGGAGGAAGAGGACGAUGAGGACGAGGAUGACCAGUUCCUCGUUCCGCAUGGUUAUUUGUCCGAUGAUGAAGGUGUGGCUGCGGAAGACGCAGGAGAAGAGGACGCUGGUAACGAAGAAAUGAAGACACUUCGGAGGCGGUUAUCCGCUGUGGAAUACGAAGUCGCACAUCGACGUGGACUGCAGCGUUUGAAGCCCACCAUGUCGGGUCCCGUGUGGUUGCCUGAUCCUAUUGAAUCCGGUCCUUUCACUUUCUGUGCUCCAGAACUGGAUGCAGACAAGGAAAAUGUGGAAAAUGCAAAUAUGCAGGAUGAUCCAGAUGCGUUGGAUAGAAUGAGUGCUCAGGCAAUACGAUCCAACCUGGGUAUUUAUCGGGUCCACCUAUGGGAGGUCACUGUCCCUAUUCCCAUUCGAUUGGAUACUCUUCCUACUCCAACCGGCCGGCGGGCUAAAAAGGAGCUACCAGAAGACGCCAUACCUUAUCUCAUCCAUCUGGUCCACAAGAGCCCUCUGGGCAAACCCAAGCUGGCGUUUGAGUUCCGCGUGUUUUGGCACCAACACACAACCGGGACCAUGCCUGAGUGCACGCGGUACCUGGAGUAUAAGAAGCACACUGCUGCAGCGUCAAACGCUGGCGCGCAACGUUGUGGAGCUGUUCUAGCGGGUCCGGCUUGGGAUGACUUAGCACUUAGUCAGAAUCUUAUUUUGACUAAAAUAGUCGAGAUUGCAGUGUUCGAGGAAGGCCGAUGGGCCGUGCAUUCAGAGGUGAUUCGACGUUUUGGAACACGUCUGGCCACAAUCACCGGCAUCGAUGACCUGUUUCGGCUCGGCACCUCAACCGAUGACGAGGCAGUUUCCUCCAUUGUUUUCCCUCCAUGGCACUAUUUGACUGACGUAGUGGCUAUUACUAAAAAAGGAAGUCGUCCAUCCACAUCUAAACGCCGCUCGCUCGAGGUCACUGUCUCCGCGGAAUCCGAAUCCCCGCAACCAUCAGCGACAGUCUCAUCGACCCAUCCUAUUCAAAUCGACUCUCUCAGGGUUUUAAUUGAACCACUGAAGUCAAUGGAUAAAUUCAACACCUGCACUCCAGCCACCGCGGCUGAGUCCGAAAGGACAGUUCUCGCCACGCUGCAACCCACUCCAUUGCAGGUGUCAAAAACUCCUGACCGUGCCGAAGCCACUGAAGCCUCUAAAACCGAGAAGGAUCCCACUCAGAAUGGCACCCUGGCGAAUCGUAAGCGAGUUACCCUAGACACCUUUUUCUCGCCUCCAACCAAACGACAAGACACAGGCAGAGACGACAAAACUGAGCCGUGCGAUGCUAUUCGCGUUGAUUUGCCUUGAGAGUUAACGAUGAGAUUCGCUUCUCCUACUUUCCCUUGUACGUCCCUUCCAGUUGUUCUGAGCCACUUUAGUGCUCCAUCUGUAACUUGCGGAUCCAAAUUGGAGGGCUUUAUUGUCCGUGGUGAAUGCAGAUAACCCCUGCACCUUUUCUUCAACCACGUAUACUGUACAAAAAAUCAGAGUCUUGCUUCCAAUGACGUCUCUCCUCAUAUAUUCCGUUCCCUCGAUUUUCUACAUAGAAUUAUGUAUUUUUCAAUGUCAGCUUAUUUUUCCAACUAAGAAGCUUUCGAAGUGAGUUUUUCCUCUCCUAUCUCUCUAUAAUUUUAGUUCUUAACAUCUCGGUGAUUGGCCCGAUUUUUGUGCCCGCACUCCGUCACCUUUACUAAUCCACACUCUCCUCAUUUACGUGACCAAUAUUUUUAAACAAAGAUUUUCUGAUCUACAUCGACACGUUCGUGGAUUUUACUGUAUGAACCGGUUUCUGUCCAUACUUCGCGUCACCGACAUUGGGAUGCUAAGUGUCCGUAGAUGACGCUGUUCAUUAAUGCGUGCGUUAACGAUAUACAAUUUGUUAAUCGCUCCAGCCACCACGUCGCUGUCACCGAGCUUCUUCAUCGUCCGCGAUACUGUCUCGAGCCGUUGUCGUUCGAGAUACUGCAGGAGUUUCAUUUCUUUAUCGCGGUGUGAUUUCAGGUGUGAGACUGAGGUAAUUACGUCGACCGCCACUGUUUGGAGUGCUGUGUUGUUGAGAUUUCGAGCACAAUAUUUACCACCUUGUUUUGAUUUCCUGGUGGAGUCCUUAAUGGGAUUUUACAUUAUGAUAAGAGCUCAUCUGAACGACCGCUGUAAUACCGAUCUUUAUCUUAUCGUAAAUCGCAAGUAGCGUAAUAUUUAAGCAUUUUAUGGAAUCGCUUACCAGCGGAUAUGAUCACAAGAAACUCUAUUAACUGAACCAGCACGCUCUUGAAGUUAAGGAAUAAGUUCGCUCCCAAUUGGUGCCCUUCUUUGACAACUUUUCCUGAUGAUCAUACACAUAUAUCUCUGUCGAGAACUAAAGACGUUUUACUCUCCCGGAAAGUGUGGGAAGGAGGUCACCAAACUGCAGUCUACUUGAGAUUAACUCUAUUUUGUUUCCUAUAGUUAUUUUCAAUGUUUGAACAAACUUCUUCCAUCGCCCACCUUCGUACACACUAACCGAUUCUUUGCGGAUAACUUAUCUACAACCUUUAUGUUUCAUAUACCGCUAAAUUUUCGCGCGUAGCCUGAAGAUACUCGUGAACAGAGAUGGCAUCAUGUACCCGAAUAGAUACGGCGUUUCUAAAUAGAGAAUUCAUUAUCUG